AUGGCGACAGCAGCAAUGCGCGCAUCGCCUGAUCUGGCGAACGGCAACCACAAUCCACAGAUGGCCAAGGGAGCUCGCAGAGCUUCGGAGAGCCGCAGGCAUAGCACAGCUGUCUCGAGUGUUGCGAGUUAUGAAGAUGAACCAGGAUAUGCAUCCGCGGCAGCAGAGGGCUCCUAUCCACAGUCCGCGCCCAAAGCCUCUUCAGUGCAGAGGGCUUCAGGGCCGCCGAGUCGGUCAUUUUCAGCGAGAGCAGCAGCCAAUCUGAACUACACCACACGCAAGCCUGCACCAGCGGCCCCUCCAGGGCUGGAUGAAGAAUCCACCACUCCCCGCGGCCUUCCACCUGCGGAGUAUCUCCAUGGCCCCAAUGCAGGCAUGCCAGAGAGUGAAGAGGCCCAGACUGCGCCCGGUUUGCCCUCUCCGCCCAGUCGAUCGAACACCAUGCGCUCGACAAGCGGCGCAAGUACCAAACGAGACUGGGCUUCGGACCGUUCGCCGUUACAGAAACUCGAAGUAACCCUUAAUGGGAUCAGCAAGGAGGAGAAACGAGCGCGGGUACAAGAGGCUGAAAUGCGACUGCGGGAACGUCUUGCUAGACAGAAGAUCGAAAAGGAGCAGGCCGAGGUUGCUGCGGCUGCUGCUAGCACUGCCAGUGCCCCCCGACCCAAUUCGAAGCAGAGCCCGCACUCGGCAGAUCGCGGAACUCCUGCCUCAACUAGGACAACUAAACAGAGGGAUAUCAUGGAGGAAACCGCUCGGGCUGCACCACCGAUGGCCCGACAACCUGGAGGCCCCGCCGUGCGCCACAACAGAGCUGUCUCGAUGAAUCCCCAGUAUCCCGCCAUUCGGCGAGCCGAAGAUGCACAAUAUCCUGGCGCUGAAAACGCCAGAUCCCAACCAGUAAAGAUGGGCAAUGUCCCUCGAAGAUCAGUCACAGUGCGCGAACACGGUGCAAAGGAAGGGCCAAAUGAGAAACUUAUACACACUCGCUCGGUGUCUCAGCAAGGACCUCCGAAGACGACGCAACCUGUUGCUGCUAUAUCCAGCGCAGAAAGACUAGAAACCCCUCCUGCGGCGAAGUCCCUAUCCGGUGCAUCACUACCGCGGUCAAAACCACGACAAACUGUGUCGUUUGAUGUACCACCACCGACACCUCCCCCCAUCUUUGAGUGGAAGAACGCCCCCGUUGCUCGACUUGGAGCAGCUGACUUUGACUUCCAACAUCUGGAUAUUGACCGAAGCAAGGCCUGGUGGGAAGGUGGUGCCUCGGCAGAUCGCAGGAAGAGCAGGGCGCUUCCCAAGAACUAUCAAACUGCGGCCCAGAAAGUGACAGGAGUCACUCAGCACAAGAACUUCCAGCCCAAGUUGUUCUUAAGAUGCGGCCCCCUCCUUCGAUACACUGGCAUCAGGACAGAAAACAUCGAUGGAGCCCAUGGUCCUGUUGAAAAGGAGUUCUGGAGAGGCUCCAUUAUGAUUGUUACGAAAGAUUCUCGCUCUUCUUACGAGGUCCCGCCUACAUUGAGACUCUUCUCUCAACCGAUGGAUCUCUUGCCCCCUCCACCCGCAGAGGUUAGUGGUGAGAAUGGAGCCCUGGCACCUGAAUAUGUCGACCCCACUGCCGGCCUUAUGAAAGUUGGCCGUGACGGUCGUCCAUUGUAUGUCAAGCCAGUGGACCACCUCGAGGAAGAGGUCGACCUUUCGGCCGUGGAAAAUGAUGAUGGGAUCUAUGAACUAUCUCCCAGCAUGAUUGACUAUAGCUCUGAGGGAUCCAAGCAACCGAUCCCUUCCAACAGGAUUCACCCCGUCGAUGGCGAGACUGCAGAGCUGCACCGAGAUAUUCCCGGUGUGCGUCUGUAUGCCGAUGCCGCCAGAGAUGUGACAUUCUGGAGAUUCAGUCUUGAAAUCGAACUCAGCGCCACGCAGCAGCGAAUUGCAUACCGCAUCAACCAAGGACCCGCCUUGGGCUUCUGGGUCCCAGCUAUGGGCAAACCUAUGAACAUCAUGUUCCACAGCGGUAAUGGAUUCGGUCCUAAUGUUGACCCCAACCCCAUGUGUGGACCCGAUCCACUCUGGCGAGAUAUUCUCAAUGAGCACCAGACACAGCCGUUCCAUGUGAUGAUUGGAGGAGGCGAUCAAAUUUUCAACGACAGUGUUAUUACAGACCUUGGGUUGUUCCAGGAAUGGAUCAAGAUCAAGAAUGCCGCUGAUCGAUACGGCGCACCACUCACUCCCGAGUUCCGUGCGGAACUGGAGAAGUUCUACCUUGAACGCUACGCUUCAUGGUUCUCACAGGGACUUUUCUCCCUGGCUAACUCUCAGAUCCCAAUGGUGAAUAUUUGGAAUGAUCAUGAGAUCUUUGAAGGAUUCGGAUCUUACAAUGACGAGUUCAUGCGAAGUGCUGUCAUCUCCGGCUUGGGCAAGAUCGCGUUCAAGUAUUACCUCCUGUUCCAGCACCACAGCGUUCCAGAUGAAACAGAGAUGGACGAGCCUAGCUGGCUCCUGGGUGCCAGGCCAGGCCCGUACAUUGAGCAGAGGAGUCGCAAUCUCUUUAUGUCACUAGGCAGUGAUGUGGUUUUCUUGGGUCUGGACUGCCGAACUGAACGACAGAGCACCGAGGUUAUCAGCUCAGAGACAUCCGAAUUGAUCUGGGAUAGAUGCCAUCGUGAAAUCGUCAAAGGAAAAACGAAGCAUUUGAUCGUCCUUUCGAGCAUACCCAUUGCCUACCCGCGCGUGGCCAUGCUCAAGAACUAUAUGAAUAGCCGCAAGUCUCUCGGCAAAGCUGGUAUGAUCGGUGGUCUUGUUAACCGCUCGGGUGGUAAUGUUGAGGUGUUUGACGAUCACUGGGCCGGAAAGCACCUCAAGGCCGAACGCACCUGGCUGGUCGAAGACUUGCAAGAUCUCGCGGCAGAGAAAUCCGUCAGAGUUACGAUUCUCAGUGGCGACGUUCAUCUGGCUGCUAUUGGUCAAUUCUAUUCUAACUCCAAGUUGGACAUUGCCAAAGAUCGUGAUUACCGAUACAUGCCGAAUGUGAUCUCCUCUGCCAUUGCUAACGUGCCCGAGACCGAGAUCAUCUCGGACAUGCUCAACAAGCGCAACACAGUCCACCACAUGGACUCAAACACCGAUGAAGAUGUCAUUCCCAUCUUCACACAGGAUGUUGAUGGCAAGCCUCGAAACAACAAGCGUCUCCUGCCCCGGCGCAAUUGGUGCUCUAUUAGGGAAUACCGUCCAGGCUCUACACCCCCUGGUACGCCCGAGUCUGAAUUAACACCAACCCCCGAACCCCGUCCUGGCAAAUUGCAACGCACUUUGUCGCUCGGACGUGGAGACAAAGGUCCCGGAAGUAAACUUGGUGGCCUCUUACGGCGUUUGUCUACACGAGGCGGACCACCCACUCGAACCAUGAGCAUCGGACGCGAGGGAGGUGCUCGACGAGCUAGUGUCGACGGACCCUUGUCUCGACCCAACGAAAGCGCAGACAGCUACUUCCCUCAAAACACACAAGAGCCUCCUCGACCGGGCCAAUUCCACCGUCGGCCAACCAACCUGAGCCUCAAGGCAGCUAAAAAGGCGGCUAAACAAGGCGACGACGGUGCCGGAGCUCUCGUGGAUCUUGAAGGCGGCCUAGCCAUUACCCUUAACCUGGAGAUCAGCCCACACGACCCCGCCGGUAUCACCGUGCCCUACAAACUCCUCAUACCGGUGCUCCGCUACGAAGGUACCGAGUACGACCCCGAACCUACUCCGGUAGUCAAGGGCUGGCGCAAAUGGCUGCGCAUGCCACGCCGCAAGAAGAAUGAGGAGGAUCCUCACGGCGCCGAAUACGAAGAUGAGGAGGGCGAUGAUUACGAAGACCAUGACACUAUCAAUAAUACGCGCGCAAAUGCUGCUGCUGCUACACACCCGCACUAUGAUGGAUACCCUGGAAGUGAUGAGGAGGAGGGUGGAGCGGUGCCGCACCGAGUGCAUCCCGAGGCUAUGGCUGAUGAGUCUUUUGAGGAUGAUGACGAGGAGGAGUAUGAGGAUGAGGAGCCUAGUCGACCGCGGAAGAAGUGGUUUGGUGUGCUUUGA